CCCCUAAGUUCCCCCGGUUGUCUCUCUCUGGCUCUCCGGGCCGAGUGUGUGUCACACAGCGGCACUGACGGACACACACCAGCAGACGCAGCCUCCAUCGGGACACCGAGAGGCGGCCCUUUGCUUGGCGGCUCUGCGGCGGUCGUGACACGGCGAGGAAGGCAAGGACGGAGCGGUUGGUAGAAGUAGCUCCUUAAAAUCAUGUGUUGGUGUUAAACAACAGAGGAACAUUCCUGACAUCCACCUUGGGAAAAGAGGAGGAAGGAAAGAAUGAAUGGAAGCAAGGAGGGAGGGAAGUGGCGUUCUGGUGUCAGAGAAAGCAGCACAAGGCCUCCUGACCCCCGGAUGACAGUCGGGACCGAGAGGCCUCACUCCCAGGUGGCGUUCUGGUGUCAGAGAAAGCAGCACAAGGCCUCCUGACCCCCGGAUGACAGUCGGGACCGAGAGGCCUCACUCCCAGGUGGCGUUCUGGUGUCAGAGAAAGCAGCACAAGGCCUCCUGACACCCGGAUGACAGUCGGGACCGAGAGGCCUCACUCCCAGGUGGCGUUGCCGUGUCAGAGAAAGCAGCACAAGGCCUCCUGACACCCGGAUGACAGUCGGGACCGAGGGGCCGGACUCCCAGACGCAACACGAGCGCAGAGAGAGAAGGCCAGUGCGCCGGCUUUGGUCGCCAUCACGCAGCUGUGUGGGAGUCAGCAAGUUCUACUCGGCUGCGAAGGGACCUUUUUUUUUUUUUGAAAAGAACAAAGAGGUAGAGGAAAGAAAAGGAUUUCUCCCAACGUCUGGUCGCCCAAAUGAGCCACGUUUGGAUUGAUGCUGGAGUUGGAUUCCACCCAAGGGGCUGCAGUGGAGCUUUUAGGGUGAUUGCCCAGCCGGAGCUUCCGCUGUGGUCGUCCUCCCUGGCUGUCAUUAGCGGAUAACGAGCAGCUGCUAGAAGGAGCCUGUGGAGCGGCAGGAAGAAACUUGCAGCUGUUAAUAAGAUUCUUCUUUCUCACUCAAUUCUUUUCUUUUGCAAUGGGACUGACAUUUUUUCAUGGCUGGAAGCUAAGAACGGUUCUCAGUUUGGAAGUCGUUCAAGAGUCGAGUGAGGAGAGACGUUUAUCUGCGAGAUGAUUUGUAGUCAACACUUUUAAAUCCCUUUUUGCGACUGUUUUUGUUGUUGUUGUUGUUGUCGUCGUCGUCCUAUGCCCUGACGGCUCAGUCGCCAUGGCAGCAGCGUACCGUGUGGUGGUGAGCAGCGUGAGCUGCUAUAACAGCGUAGUGGUGGACCGGCGCGCUCACUCCCACGCCGUGCACUAUUGUUCAGGGCCGUGCGGGGCACUUUCCCGAGGCCUGGAAUGCACCGUGGCCCACCACAGCACCUGCUCCGAGCUGCUCCUUUCACCUGACUCGUUGACCGGCUCGCCCAUACACUCUCGGACCAGCCAGCAGCUCCCCGGUCAUGGCAAAAUAAACACUGCUAUUGAGAGUAGUUUUAACUGCAGUGCUCUGGAGAGGGUAAGCAGCAGUGGAAAUGUGUCCGUAGGAGAGGACAGCAAUGCGUGGCGAGGGAAGAAGAUCCCCAGUGGUGGAGGAUCUAUGGGGAACCUGAGCUGCUACGGUAGCCUGAAGGACAUCACUGAGGAGGCCAUCAACCUGGCCAGUGGUAAGCUCAAAGAGUUUUCCUUUGACAAGCUCCGCCUCUCCUCCUCCAGCCAGGUCACCUUCCGAAAAGGCCGUAAGGUGCGACCAGAGUCAUUGAGCCGUCGCUCCACCGAUUUAGAGAUCAUCUACGGCCACUUCAGCUCCAAUAUCUCCAGUCACGGAACAAGCAAUGGCACCGCGACUCCUAAUGAUGAGAACACGCCUCCACUGGUGCUUGGCAAGGUGGCAGGACUUGAGGAGACAAAGUUGAAAGGCUCCUUGUCAACCGUUACAAAAUUAAAUGGGUCGUCAAGCAUCAACAGCGGGUCACUUGACCAAACUGUGAACACCAUGGCCUCUCUUUACCGUAACACCUUAGGAGAAGAGAAUCUGAUCGCCCGCCUACUGGAGAAAACCUGGGCUGAGGCGGCUGCGAAUGGUGCAGGUGGGGAGGACAUCCGGGCCUGCCUUGACAUUUUGCUUAAAUGCUCCGAAGACCUGAAGAAAUGUACCGAUAUCAUCAAGCAGUGCAUUAGACGCAAAGCUGGCGCAGGGCCUCAGGAUGGGGGAGCCAGUCCCGACAGUGUGUACCGGGCUUUGAUGACUCGACUUAGUACGUAUCUUAAGAGACUACCACUGGAGCUGGAGGGGUUUGGAGGCAGCGGGCAAGGUGGUCAGGGUGAGAGUACCCCUGGAAGUGGGCACAGUGACCUUUUAGAACUGAUGAACAAUCUCCACGCCCUCCAACAGGCACCUUUCUCGCCGAUAUUUGGCAACGAGCAACCUCCUCGUUAUGAAGAUGUUGUCCAGUCGCCUCCCAUCCCAAAGACUCAUCCUGCCACCUCUACUCCCUCCUCUGUUUCAUUAUCCUCCCUUUCUCACAGCUUCCCAUCCAAAUCUUUGGCACUUACCAAUGGACUUCCACAUUCACAUUCUUCACCGUCUAUAUCUCGUCAACGUCUCUCUCCCACUCCUGUCAAAAAUUCUAAUCCCUCUUUAACACACUCACCAUCCCGUCUUCGAAUUUCCCCUACUCCGCCAUACAGCCACACCCCUCCCGGAUCUCCUAUGGAGGCUCUGUACAUUGAAGAGGAAGAUGCAGAUAUGGUUAAGACAUCCGAACAAAUGUCUCCACAGACCACCUUAAGUAAACCUGUGCAUCCGUCACAACUAGACUUAUCCAACCCUGCAAGGCCUGCUUCCUCCAAAGCUGCAGCAAAUAGAAACGAUGACAUCGACAAGCUCCUCAUGGAUCUGGAGAAUCUUUCUCAGAGCAUGAGCAAUCCCAGAAACUCAGAACCUCCUCUUCCAGUCAAAACUAGAAAGCGAGGCCAGGGCAUGGUGUCCACCGAAGCUCCAAUCCAGCCUAAAAUGCCCGAGUACCAAGUCAAAAUCCCUGGUAGCAACCUAGUUGCGAAUAGCAGCAGCCUCAAGGCCCCUCAAGUAGAUAACGCUCCGACAGGUGAGGAAGGAGAGCAGGAUGGGGCGCUGCUGCUGAGAAUCCUGGAGAGCAUUGAGAGUUUUGCCCAAGAGCUUGUGGAUUCCGGGGCAGGGAGUACAGGAAGUGCUGAGAGGAACAGUGGAAAGGAGCGAGAGGUGAUGAGGCUUCUGCAAGACACACUGGCUACCACUGGGAGGGCCGACACUCCAGUGGAGACCACAGAGGUCCAAACUACUCCCACUAACAAUCACGUAGAAACAGUUCCAGCCAUACCGCCCAAACUCUCUGCACGCACACCUACGCCAACCCUUACAACUGAAGAGGUAUGCACUGCUUCAAUGGCACUUAAAACUACACCUGAGGCCGCAUUCAAUUCUGUGCCUGAACCUACAUCUGCAACCCCGUCAUCUAAAACCGUUUCAGAAGUCCCAAUUGUGGAUCCCAAACUUUUGCCUUCAUCUGCGAACUCUCAAUCCUCCGUAUCCUCAACACCUGACGCUGCAUUUGAAGCUUUACCGACUGGUCACAGCCUACCUGGGAUUCUUCAAGAACCUGUGGACCUUCCUGUGCCGACAGAGACUGGUUCAACCCUCCUCAUCCAGCAGAGUCCUGAAGUGAUCAGGGUUCAGUCCAAACCGGACAAGAGACCCGGGACUCCGCCCCCAGCCCCCGCCCCCCACGUGCCCUGGCACAGCUCGCCAAGCCCCGCGCCAGCGCCGGCGGUGGUCCCCCUCCCGUCUCCCCCUCCCGCAGUCCACAUUCCCAGGUUCUACUACCCCCGGGGGCCGCCCGCCGCCAGCCUGACCGCCAACCACGACGCCGCCAUUGCCGUCGUGGAGGCCGCCUUCGCCGACUUGGAGGAGGAGAAGGCCGACAUUUACGAGAUGAGCAAGAUCGCCAAGGCGUGCGAGUGUCCGCUCUACUGGAAGGCAGCCAUGUUCUACGCGGCGGGGGGGGAGAGGACCGGCUUUGUCUCCGUCCACUCCUUCAUCGCCACCUGGAGGAAACUACUACACAGUUGCCAUGACGACGCCUCAAAGUUUGUUUAUAUGCUCGCCAAGCCUGGCUGUCAGUACCUGGAGCAAGAAGACUUCAUUCCUCUACUUCAGGACAUCGUGGACACACACCCUGGACUCACCUUUUUAAAGGAUGCACCUGAGUUUCACUCACGCUACAUCACAACGGUCAUCCAGCGGGUCUUCUACGUGGUCAACCGCUCGUGGUCGGGCCGGCUCUCCAUGACGGAGCUGCGACGGAGCAACUUCCUGGAGACGCUGGCGCUGCUGGAGGAAGAGGACGACAUCAACCAGAUCACCGACUACUUCUCCUACGAGCACUUCUACGUCAUCUACUGCAAGUUCUGGGAGCUGGACAGCGACCACGACCUCUACAUCGACCACAAGGACCUGGCCCGCUACAACGACCACGCGUCGUCCAAUCGCAUCAUCGAGAGGUUGUUCUCUGGCGCCGUGACUCGGGGUAACGCCGUGCAGAGAGAAGGCCGCAUGAGCUACGCAGAGUUUGUGUGGUUUCUCAUCUCCGAGGAGGACAAGAAGAACCUAACCAGCAUCGAGUACUGGUUCCGCUGCAUGGACGUGGACGGCGACGGCGUGCUGUCCAUGUUCGAGUUGGAGUACUUCUACGAGGAGCAGUGUGAGCGCAUGGAGCACAUGGGGAUCGAGCCUCUGCCUUUUCAGGACCUGCUGUGUCAGAUGCUGGACUUGGUCAAACCCCAGACUUCAGGUCAAAUCACGCUGAGCGAUCUCAAGCGCUGUCGGAUGGCUCACAUCUUCUUCGACACCUUCUUCAACCUGGAGAAGUACUUGGAUCACGAGCAGAGAGACCCUUUCGCUGUGCAGAAGGACCUGGACAGCGACGUGCCGGAGUCGUCCGACUGGGACAAAUACGCCUCGGAGGAGUACGAGAUCCUGGUGGCGGAGGAGACCGCCAACGAACAGGAGCAACUCCAAGAAGGGUCUUUUGACGAUGACUUUGAUGUGGACGAGCUCCAGGUUCCCGCCGAGAUGGGUAACAAGAUGGAAAAACUGGUCAUAUCGCAUCUGUCCGCGUGAAAUGAUUUUCGGGGCGAGUCUUUCCCGAACUUCAUGAGGAUGGUGCAAAGACAAUGACAAGCCUGCCUCCUUGUGGCCACACUGUGCUCCUACAAGCGUCUUCUGGACUAUUCUACUAUUAAGAAACUCUCUGGUAGAGUUUCUCACACUUUAUUUAAUAGUUUGAUUAAUAACAUUUUUAUGUAACAAAACACUGCGGAUGCAUAUUUAUGCUAAUCAGACCAUGCAGUAGAAAUAUUUGUCUUUUUUUAGAAUAAAAAAAAUAAAAAAAAUAUUUUUUUAA